CACAUCCAGCCCUUGGACGCGAGCGGAGCCAACGCGUGCUGUUGUCAUGCUGGAGUAAUUGCUGGAUUGGCCAUCCGUUAUCAGCUAUCUAUAGGGUAAUUCACGGGAAGUAUAGGGUAAUCGAUACUACCGUACCCCUCCCUGUCGCGAUUUUGCGGAGCGGACCUUUCGGGAGGUAUAUAUUCCCCACAGGGCGAACUUCUCUGUCUCAUCGACCUCACUCUCCGAAUCGAAUCAACUCGGCCCCGGAAUUUCUACAAGCGUUCAAAGUCAGGGCAGAAUGACGGUCAAAGAGAGCUUAAUCUCCUCGCAGGAGCAGCAGAAGCCUUGGGUCGAGACUCCACUGAAGGAGUCGUAUGCGCUGUCGCAGGCGGCGGGAUGCAGAAUCUUCCUCAAGCUCGAGAAUGUCCAGCCUUCUGGUUCGUUCAAGUCACGGGGCAUUGGAUACUACAUCCUGCGCCGCCUCGAGGAACUUCCAGUGGGCACCACGAACCCACAUAUCUUCUCUUCUAGUGGCGGGAAUGCCGGGCUCGCUGCCGUCCAUGCGUCGCGCACAUUGGGCGUCCCGUGCACGGUGGUCGUCCCGCUAUCCACCAAGCCCCUCAUGAUCGCGAAGAUCAAGGAAGCUGGUGCACAUGAGGUCGUUCAGCAUGGCCCAACAUGGCAGGAUGCGGAUAUGUAUAUGCGGGAGGAACUCAUGACAAAGGCUGGCGCAGCAGCCAUCUACGCCCCGCCCUUCGACCACCCCGAUAUCUGGACCGGCAACUCAACCGUCAUGCACGAAAUCGCAUCGCAGAUCCCCGGCGGCGCACCAGAUGCCGUCAUCUGCUCUGUUGGCGGCGGCGGCCUCCUAAAUGGCGUGGCGCAGGCUCUCGACGAUCUCAACCUCUCCGACACCACGACUGUUGUCGCUGUGGAAACCUCCGGCGCUGCAUCUCUCAACGCCGCCGUGCACGCUGGCGAACUCGUCAGCCUCAAGAGCAUCACUUCCCAGGCCACUAGUCUCGGUGCCUUGCGCGUAACAAAGCAAUCCCUCGACUACGCGCAGCGGCCGAACGUACGCUCUGUCGUGCUUCCGGAUGCCGAGGCCGCGAUGGGGUGCUGGCGACUUGCGGACGACGAGCGGAUCAUGGUGGAGAUGGCGUGUGGUGUCAACGUGGCGCUAUGUUACGAUGGGAGGCUGGAGCACGCGCUGGGAAGAAAAGUGAGACCGUCUGACAAGGUCGUCAUUGUGUUGUGCGGUGGGAGCAAUGUUACGGUCGACAUGUUGGCGCAGUGGAGGGGCCAGUUCGGGUAUGUUGAGGAGGGGCUCCAGAUUGUGCAUGGGGUUGUGCCGAGUGAUCUCACGGCGCCGAAUAGACAGUGAGGGGUUUCUGGGCUAUGGGGUAUGGUUCAUUUAGGAUCUAGGUUUAUCUAAUUGUUUCUUUG